GCUGUCAAAAAGUAGUCAAGCGAAAUAGGAGGUCGUUGAUUUUUAUUGAACGAAAAACAUGAAAAUAAAAUAAAUCUGUGAUCGAUUUCUAUCGUGUUACUUAUUUAUAAUAAUUUUAAGUGAAAUGAAGUAUUAAGUAUCGUGUUUUCUAUUAAGAAGUGCAAGAAAUUCUCUCAAAAUGGCCAAGGAAAUGAUGAUAGUAUUUGUGUAUGAUACACAAUGCUGUACAUCAGAAGAAGACGAUCCAGUAGAUGCAGUGCUGUAUUUUCAUCCUGGAUGGGUUUCAGACACGCAGCGGCAUGCUUUAGCUGGCCAGGUGGUGGGCACAGCUCACUGCGUCAAGUCGUUGUUCUCGCAACCGUUGGCCAUCACGUUGCAGAGUGGCAAAUUCAUCAUCAGAGAAUAUGGCCGCUACAUAUUAGCCAUUGGCAGCGACCGCAACAUCCCAGACUGGGUUCUGAAGAACCGCGCCAAGCUACUCACUUCCAUGAUCAAGGUGUACCACGGAGACCUGCAGAUCCUCGCAGCUCAGAUGGAGGAUAAGAAGCGGUUGGCUGAGAAGCUAUACCAGGUCUUCGAGACAUACCUGCCAGUGUUGCAGUACGGUUGCCAUAUAUUCCAGAGGGUGCCAAUGUUGAGUCUUCCAAAGAGUGCCACGUCGAUUUACAUGGAAGCGAUGCAAAUACUCGACCACUGCCGUAAGAGUAAGGGCGUGCUUGGGGGCGUCGUUUUGUACAAUAAUAAAAUAAUCGCUACCCAACUGCCACCGAGCCUGACCUCAUACCUAACAGUAGUAGACCCGUACCGGAUAAAGUCACCAGCGGAGACUUUAGAAACAGAGAUUCCUUUACCACUGGGCGCUCAGCUACUGGUCGUCUAUAUAGGCAAGAGGACCCACGAGAACUUAAUGAAGCAAGCGGAGAAGCUGCAAGAGUUUCAAGAGAACGGAGAGGAGAUGGUCGCUAAGUUUAAGAAGAAUCAAGAAGCUGAGCGAGAAAGACAACGGGAGUUUCCCCAAACAGGCAUGAAGAGGGAUAAGUCUUUGCUCUUCACCGCUGUGCCUGAAGAGGACCACACUAUGAUAUCGCCUCCAAACCGCGAGGACCAACCCUCACUCAGUCAAGAACGGAAACCAAGCAUGCCUGAUGUGGUUCCUUUUACCAACAAGCCCAGACAAAGGCCCACAAAACUAUCGCUCAGUUUCAAGACCCAAAAAUCCUUGGACGAGGAAGUGAAAGAGAACGAAACCGUGUUCACGGGUCAAACCAGCGUGUGUGGUACUCCCAUGGUGGAAUACAAGCGGUUACACGGGAAUAUGCUGUCCAUAUGCCGACAGAAUCCAGACAACCAACCCGAGAAACCACACGAGCCUGACGUGCUAAAAAACAUCGAAAACUGUGCCAAAAUCAAUUUGGAAAACGAGAAGAGGGACAACAGAAUCGUCCUCGACAUCAACUGCAUCGGCGACCAUUACAUCAACAAACCUGAUCCAAUCAGAAAACUGGCCAGUGUCACUGACAUUCAAGAUUCUUUCAAAAGACUUCCCAACCGGACCAACUCCAGAUUCAAAUUGAAAAAGGCGAACAUUCCCUUAAACGACGACAUGAGUCCGUCGCCGGAACGCGAGCUCCAGAAGGACAGAACUUCUUUAACGAUAAACGAUCCUUCGUUCCCGGUGUUCAGAAACGACGGCGUUGCCAUAUCAGAAUCCCUGUUCAACCAGUACAUAGAGCAGUACUACGCACGAAUGAAACAAGAGGCCAAAGAAGACAAUAUGUUCACUUACAACAUGAAGUUGUGCGAGCAGGAGAAAUUCGAAGAUUUCGACUCGGAGCUGAAUAGAUCACCGCAGAGGACGCCCAAAAAGAUAGUCAAAGAAGCGCCUAAGACUGUGCCCGUGGACCAGUCUAGAAGGAAAUCUUUGUCUUUGCCGUUGAAAUCGUUGUCGGACAGUGCAGAUACGCAGAUGGGAACGGAUUCCGAGGCAACCAGUUUCAAAAAGAAGCUUACAGGGGUACAACUGACUCCGCUGAUGGAGAAAUUGAGCCAUUUGGCUUUCUCUGACAAGUCCAGCGGUUACAGCAGCCGGGUGAUGACCCCGCUGGAACUGCGCGAGUUUCCCACGCCAGCGACUGAGAGACAAGUUACCUUUUCUGACAGACCGAAGCCUCAGCGCCAAGAUUCGGAGUCCGACUCGGAAUCUGAGAGCGACAUCGAUAAACUAGCCGAAUUCGGUCAGCGAGCCGCUAAGUGCGCUUUAUUCGUGAGCGGUCUCCAUAAUAUGGCGUUACUGUGUCUACUCCAGCCUACACCACAACCGGAAACCAUACAUGCCUUGUGGGAAACAUCGCUAAACGCACUAGGCCCCAUCGAGACAAAGUGUAUGGAACCGUUAGCCGCGGGCCCCGAGGCCAUGGACUACAGCUACCUGACCCUGGACCCGGACUGGGGCACCGUGAAGAAGGGCGGGCCCUGGGCCGCGCUCGACAUCGCCACCAUGGGGCUCAUACACAACGAGUUCGCCGACGACCCGGAGCUGUCAGAGUUUAUAUUGAGGAGCGAAGACAGCGUCGUAGUAGGAAACCGUUGCGGGGGCGCUCAGGUGUACUACCAGGAGGCGGGGGCCAGGACCGCCGGCCCGCCCCCGCCCUCUGACCCCCUCGCCGCCGCCCCGCUGCGGGCCCGGCGCCGCCUCACGCGCGACCACGCCGCCCUGCUGCUGUAACGUGAGUACAGCGCCCCCCCUCCGCCCCGCCCCGCCCCGCUGCGGGCCCGGCGCCGCCUCACGCGCGACCACGCCGCCCUGCUGCUGUAACGAGAUCAAGAGAAUCUUCAAAGUUCUUGCAGCAGCAUCACAUUAAAAUCAAGUGGAUCGACCGCAGGCAUAGCGGACUCCUGCAUUCAGGUUUUAUCACAUUAAUGUGUCUCGUAGGGCAGAUAACACCUAAAAAGGUAUGUUUCAAACGAAGAUUUAUUGAAACUUUUGGGCUGCUCUUCCGCGCGUAUUUUUUUAUUAUGGCAAGAAUGCCGUCGUCGUCUUUACAACAAAGUGUGAUUAUCCGACAUAAAAUAAAAGGAAAAAUGCGUCAAAGUUCUUUUCAAAAUAUCAAUCACGGAAGAAGUAAGUUCAGAGGUCCAUGCACGAAUUUUGACAGCUCUGUAAUCGUAUCGUAUCUUCAAAGUUUCUAUAAAAACUAAGCAGCGCCACUACCGGACGGAAGAACAAACUGGCUCC